AUGAGUGUUUCAGAAUUAACUUUCAUUAUUUAUCUGUUCUCGAUACAGAUCUUCUUCGUCCAAGUCCUAUGGUUGUUUCUCUUGUCCCCGAAAAGCUCUAACAUUAUGGAGGGCAUUUCAUCUUGUCUGGAAAGCUUGUUCGUCAGAAGAACUACAAUUCUUUGUCUAAUUUUCUAUACAAACACACUGGACAAUAUUUUACUUACAUCAGUUGUUCCAAUCAUUCCCGAGGUGUUAAUGGAACUCGACAGAAUUGACGACCCGGACAAAAACGGAAACGAGAGCAUUAGGCCUAAUUUAGCGAUCACGGACAAAAAUAUAUCAAAUUCUCUCAGUUUCACCAAACAGUUGCUGCAGGAAUCGUACAAAGCCCUGGACGAGAACAGUCAGGUCGGAUUGCUUCUUUCCUCCAAAGCAUUAGUACAAAUCCUGGCAAAUCCCUGUGUAGGAUGUCUUUCUGAAAGGUAUGGAUACCAUAUUUUGCUUACUGUAGGAACAGUCUUACUCCUGAUAUCAUCUCUCGUCUACGCAUGCGCAGGAAGCUUUGUGUCUUUCCUGGCAGGACGAUUGGUUCACGGUAUCGCGUCAGCCUUUACCUCUAUAGCUGCUUUGAGUAUCCUGGCUGAACUCUACUCGAGUGACCUUGAAAGGAGCAAGGUUAUGGGUGUGGCAAUGGGAGGGGUUGCAUUUGGAGUUGUAGUUGGCUACCCUUUUGGGGGUUUUUUGUACGACUACUGUGGCCAAUCGUCUCCUUUCCUUAUUUUGUCCCUCUUUGUCAUUAUUGACAUCGUUUUUCAGGGUUGCAUUAUCUGCAGAUCACGUGGGAUAACGAUUCCUGGCAAAUACUUGCAAUCUUCCAUCUUGACACUUCUGAAAGAUCCCUUUAUCCUGAUCACGGCGGGAAUAAUCAUGUUUACAACCAUGGCGAUGUCGACCUUGGAGCCGACGAUACCAAUCUGGAUCAUCGAUACCAUGAAAGCACCAAAAUGGCAACUAGGUUUAGUGUUCAUGCCAGACAGCAUUGGUUACUUCAUAGGAACCAAUUUCUUCGGAGCGGUAGCCAAACAAAUAGGAAGAUGGAUAUGCUCUUUAUCCUGUAUGCUGCUACUGGGAUUUUGUCUAAUUUGUAUACCAUUUUCAACAUCAGUGACCCAGCUAAUGCUUCCACACUUUGGAAUUGGACUUGGAUUAGGUAUAGUAGAUGCGGCUUUGAUGCCUCUGCUAGCUUUAUUGGUGGAUACACGGCAAAUGGCUUCCUAUGGAACAGUCUACGCUGUCGCUCAGUUGUCGGUCUGCCUUGCAUAUGGAUUAGGGCCGCUCCUUGGUGGACAAGUUGUAAAAAGGUUUGGAUUUCCAAGCCUAAUGUGGUCACUUGGUGGACUAUUAAUUCUAACAAGUCCGUGUGCCAUUGUUCUACGCUCUGUCAAAACCAAAGAGGAAUGUAUGUCAUUGAUACUGGAUUCAGAGGACGAGGCGCUGGUAAAGGAAGACACACCACAAUACAAGAGGCUCUAUACGGACGACUAAUGGCGGGAAAUUCAAAUUAUUUUCCAUAUACUUAUUCAAAUUAUGUAAAUGAUAAGCACAUAUGUCAAGGUCUAUUACUCAAGGCUGUAUGAAAUUUAAAAAAAAAUUAAAAAGUGAUUUGGUUCAUUUCAAAGAUUUUCCAAAAAAUGUGUACUGUUUCGUAAACACUUGGAAGCAUAUUUUAACUACCCUUAUUAGUUUUUAAGAUAAUAAA